AUGGGUGAUUUUCCUUAUAGCGAGUACACAUCCGGCUGAACAAACUCCAAGCCUACAUACCAAUUUGCAAAGCCUUCAUCCUCCAAAGAAAAAAAGCCUCCAAAAGAGCAGCCAAGAAUUUCCCCGGGGAAGAGUUUAACUUUUGAAAACACCCAAGCAACUUUAAAAGACCUUUGUUCUGAAGAUAAAGCAAAAGUUGGAGAGCUCGUUAAACGUCUAGCCUUACUCCCCUCCUUUUAAAUUGGACAUUAAUUUUUUUUUAAAAAUUAAAAAAAAUAUAUAAAUUGAACCCAAUAUUUUUAAUUUUAAUUUAUUUUUAUAAAGAAUUAAUUCAAAAAUUAUCGAUUCAGCGUGAAAACUGUUUAAUAAUAUUUUACUUGAAUUCUCCAUUAAAUUAGGUCAAAACUAAUUUUUAAAAUUUAUUAUAAAUUUUCCUAUACCAAAAAAAUUUUUGUUACAAUUUAAAAGGAGGGUUUAAGUGCUCAAAAAAUGGGAAUUUUACCUAUGUUUAAUCCAAUUUAAAGGGGGAAGUUAGAAAAAAGCAAACGAGAAGAACUCGAGAAAAAAGCGAUGAAAGAAAUCAAAGACAAAGAAAAAGAAAUUAAAAAAGUCAGAAAAGCCAACCAAAAAAUCCAAGAAGAAGCUGAAGAGGUAGGAAAGCAGCUUGCAAAAGCUAGAGAAUUGAUUAAUUCCUGCCAAAUGAUAAGCACUCCUCAGCCUAUUGCUACACCAGUUAACCUCCAGCAGUCUUUACAAAGCUGAAAUCCUGCAUAUCAAAAUGCAGAUUUUCCUGAAGCCCAAAGGGUCAAUCCUCAGCAUUCCUUGCAGAGCUGGAGAAAUAAAAUGGUAAGGUUGACUGAAAUUGGACUCCUACCCACUUCCUAUAAAGCAGGUAGGACUUUCCCGAUGAAGCUAAAACGAGUACCUCUGUCAUUUUUGAAGCAGGACUUCGGGUCAGGGAUACCUUCCAAAGUUUUUCCUUUUCCCACUUAGGAUAGACAUUUUUGUCUAUCACAUAGUCUCUCUUUCAUCGGAAUUAUUGGGGUACCUUCCAUCUGAUCAGCCUUCCAUUUUCUUCAUUUGAACUCCAAAGUCUAUUGAGACUGGAUUUUUUGAGCCAAGACGAGAUAAAGUAAAGGCUCGCUUAUGGCCAGUUUAAUCUUAAAACUUUAUCUUUGCAGAGCUGGAAUCCUUCAUUUCCAUCUGCAGAACUCCCAACCCACCCUCAAGAGAUAAUUUGCAGUCCUUUGAAUUUUACUCCCUCAUAUGCAGGGACUCCUAUUCCAGAUUUCGGUUCUGCAAAUAUCCAAACCGAAACUUUUACCCCAGACCGUCUAGUCCCCAGAAUGCUAUUUACCCAAACAACAGAAACCCAAACUCCUAUAAGAGAAACAGCCACUUCUCCUAUUGAAGAAGGCUCAAACCAUUCACGAUGCACAAGCAUUUGUACACAAACAGUUUGUGAUAAAGAAAUCCAAGCUGAUUUUGAAGAGGUUGAGUCUAUGAAAAGUGUUGACAUUCAGGCUGACAGCAUAUGCUUAUUUAUAAGAAAUAUUAUUUAAUACAAAUAAUUAGCUGAAAAAUAAAUAUAAUAUAAAAAUUGUAUACAUGAGGAAAACCCUAUUGUGGUCAUCAAUAAGCCUGCAUUUGAAAAUAGAGCCAGGGAAAAUUAUGGAAAAGCAAGCCAGUUUACUCAAAACUCAUAUGAGUCGGAAUAUGAGCCUGAAGCAGCUAAAAGUAUUAUGUUUGAGCCUACAUUAAAGCAAUCUCAUGUAGUAAACAAUAUGAAUUAUUUAAAACAAGACUUAUCAGCACUGACAGAAAGCUUGAAAUCUUUGAAAAAUUCAAGAAUGGGUCCUAUGAAAGCGUCUAUAAUGAAAUCCCCUCCACAGACUAAACAUGUUGCUUUUAGAGGUCCAGAGUCUAUUGAGCAAAGCACUCAUAACCCUUUAUUAUUUGAUUCUAUACAAUAUGAUAGUCGACUACAAAGCAUUCUUGAGAGAGCAGAAGCCAACUCACAAAGAGCUAAAAAAUUAAUAAAUCAGGAUUUUGAAGAAAUACCUCAGCCUAAGCAAGAAGAAAAACAAAUAUUUUCAAAGCAAUUCCAGCAGGUAUCUACCCCAAGCCAAAGUUUUCAAGUAAAAGAUCUGCAAAGUUCGAAAGCUGUCAAACAGAGCUGAGAUGAAAUGCCAAUUUUAGAAGAAGGGUUUUAUGACGAUACUUUAUUUCAGCUUGUCGACGACUUAGAGAAGAUGGAAUCAUGCAAAAAUUCAGCCUCAAGUUCUUUUAUUGAUAAAAAUUAUGAUAAAAAGAUUAGCUAUGAAAUUUUACCUGAAUACAUUAAAAUGGUGUGGAGAGCCAACCCACCCUCUUAAUGCCUGUAGCUGACACCCCAGGAUGACAAGACCUUGAGGAAGGGAGAUGGUGUUUUCGGCCAGGCUUUACUUGGUUUGGUGGUGCGCAAUGUAGGGUUAGCCUACCAAAGCUUUAAUCCAAUUCAAAUUUUUGUCUCAGAGGGGAAUAGAGCGAGAACUGAAAAGGGUCUCCUAGGAAUCCCAUUUUUUUUCCUCCCCAACCUAGGAGUUACACCUGGGCUUCAGAUUUCCACUUUGGCUGAGAGUCGAUGAGAAAAUUCGACAUUUUUGAUUUUGCAUGGUGGCCAGCCUUUGUUGACGAACGGCAUGGUGGCAUAAAUCAUCAAUCAUCGGUAGCAUGUGCAGCCCUUUCCGCCGGACAAACCUUUUUAAAGUUUAUGCACAAACUGGUGAGCAACUGAAGGGGAGUUAUGGAGGAGAUAGUCCUUUGGGAGCUUCCCUAAAGUAAUAUAACAAUAACAAUAACGAAAUUUCGCCUGAAAAACCAAAAACUGCAACUUAUAUUAAAAAAGCACAAAUAAAAGAAAAUAUAGAAAAACCUAAGCCAAAAGCAGCAAAUAAAAUGACAAUCAAAGAAAUUUCGCCAGAAAAACCAAAAUCUAACUAUGACAAAAACUUGAUUAAUAUAAUUGACAAUUUUGAGUCUGAAGAUUUUGCAAGCUCUUUAGCUUCUUCCAAGCGCUCUAACUACACUGAAGAAGACAGUUUUGAAGCUUUAAGAAACCGCGCUUAUAAGUUGCGAGAAACUUUUAAAUAUUAA